CGCGUCAAACGUCAUCCUUCGCAGUGAAAGUCGCGCAUCGCCGUUUUGCAACGCGAGCGGGUUUUGUGAAUUUGGUACCUAAAUUUUGGAUAUUUCUCGUUAAUUUCGGUAUAUUUCCGCGUAAAUUUUAUCGGAUUCCUUUCGUUCUGUGACCAGGGUAGUAGUGACCAUAGUAGCGAGAACACAAAAUCCGCCGAAAUGGGAGUACCAGCAUUCUUUCGCUGGUUAUCGCGGAAGUAUCCGUCCGUCAUUGUGGAAUGCGUGGAGCAAAAGCAUGCCGAUGAGCACGGAAACCCGUUGUAUGACGAUAUGACCGAACCGAAUCCGAAUAAGGUGGAAUUUGAUAACUUGUAUCUGGACAUGAACGGUAUCAUUCAUCCGUGUACACAUCCGGAGGACAAACCGGCACCGAAAGACGAGGACGAGAUGAUGGUGGCCAUCUUCGAGUGCAUUGACCGUCUGAUGAACAUUGUUCGACCGCGGAAAUUGCUCUACAUGGCCAUCGACGGUGUGGCCCCACGGGCCAAAAUGAACCAACAGCGGUCACGACGUUUUCGAGCAUCCAAGGAAGCGGCAGAGAAAGCUUCCGAAAUACAGAAAAUUCGAGCGGAACUGCGAUCGAAGGGAUGCAUUCUUCCACCUGAGAAGGAGAAAGGGGCCCACUUCGAUUCCAACUGCAUCACUCCGGGGACUCCGUUCAUGGAUAGGCUGAGUAAAUGCCUGCAGUACUACGUGCACGAUCGCAUGAACAAUAAUCCGGGAUGGAAGGGCCUGAAAGUAAUCCUGUCGGACGCGAAUGUGCCCGGCGAAGGCGAGCACAAAAUUAUGGACUACAUUAGAAAGCAAAGAUCGCAACCAGAUCACGAUCCGAAUACUCAUCACGUCCUUUGUGGGGCGGAUGCCGAUUUGAUUAUGUUGGGACUGGCAACCCACGAGACACAUUUUACCAUCAUUCGAGAGGAAUUCCUUCCUAAUAAGGAACGGCCAUGCGAUAUUUGCCAGUUGAUGGGACACGAAAUGAAGGACUGUACUGGUUUACAGUCAGAGCGGGACGUCAAUCGGACCCCACCUCCCCCGGGUAAAGAGACACAGUUUAUAUUUGUCCGACUGAACGUACUCAAAGAGUACCUCGCUAAAGAACUGGACAUGCCUAACUUACCGUUCAAGUAUGACUUUGAGCGCGUCAUUGACGAUUGGGUGUUCAUGUGCUUCUUCGUAGGAAACGAUUUCCUACCACAUUUGCCAAGUUUGGAAAUUCGAGAGAACGCCAUCGAUCGGUUAGUCACGCUGUACAAAAAGUGUGUCUACAAGACUAAAGGCUACCUCACCGAUUCCGGUAGCGUCACUGUCGAUCGCGUCGAGUUAAUCAUGACGGAUCUCGGCUACGCUGAGGACGAAAUUUUCCGCCAACGCAAGGUAAGUGAGGAUCGCUUCAAAGAGCGCAACAAGCGCAUGAAAAUGCAAAAGGAACGCGAACAACGACCCAACUUCGAGCAGAUUAACAGAUCGCAAUUUGCACCGACCCCCUUGGGAAGGGGUGUCACUCCGCAGGCCGUUCAGAACCCGCGACAGGAGGCGGCCCACUUCCGGAUGCUUGGCAAUAACCAAACGCAGCAGCAGCAGCAGAAUAAUUCCAACGAUAAUCAAAACCGCCGGGGUCAGAAGCGUAAAGCGGAGGAGCCCCUCACUCCGGCUUCGGCCGAGGAACCAGAAACGCCCGACGAGGUUCGUUUGUGGGAGGAUGGAUUUAAGGAUCGUUACUAUGAGUCCAAGUUCGAUGUGGCGCCCCAGAACAUGAAAUUCCGGCAAACUGUUGCCUGGGAGUACGUCCGUGGUCUCUGCUGGGUACUUAAAUACUAUUACCAGGGCUGUGCCAGCUGGGAGUGGUACUUCCCGUACCACUACGCCCCGUUUGCUUCUGACUUUAAGGCUCUGAGCAACGUUAACACUCGCUUCGAGCGAGGCACUCCGUUCAAACCGCUGCAACAGCUGAUGGGUGUGUUUCCGGCUGCCAGUAGAAGUCACGUUCCGCCGGCGUUCGGAGAGCUGAUGGUCGAUCCGAAAUCGCCGAUCAUUGACUUUUAUCCGAUCGAUUUCCAUAUUGAUUUGAACGGGAAGAAGUUUGCCUGGCAGGGCGUAGCCCUGCUACCGUUCGUCGAUGAGAAGCGGUUAUUCAAGGCGACCGACCCGAAGGUUCCGCUGCUGACCCACGAGGAACGGUUACGCAACGAAAAUGGCCUCGCCCGGUUAUACUUGUCACCCGGUCCGGAUGCAUACAAAAUAGCCAAAGGGUUAUACAGCGGCACGGUCAACUUCGAACAGGAAGUUCCCAUCCUGGCCGACUGUAUGCGGGGUGUUGUCAUCCCGACCAAGGAAAACGUCCCGCACGAUGGCGUUCUACCGUCACCCAUUCCCGGAUUGCACCCGGUGUGCGAGAACAGAAUCGUAACCAUGAAGUUCCUGGAUCCGCAGUAUGCGGAUGAUUUCGUAUAUCCAUCCCGGAAGCUGGAGGGAGCUCGCGAUCAGCCGAAGGUACUGGGAGCGAACGAGGGUCCGGUUAUUGGAUUCGGACAGCGAACGAACCGUGGCGGGCUGGGUAGUGCCGGUCACAGGAUGAUGAAUCAUUAUACCGGGAACAACAGAGGAGGUGGCGGUGGCGGCGGUGGAGGAGGAGGAGGCGGAGGUGGAGGUGGAAAUGGUGGACGCAAUGAUUACAGCAACUUUUCGAGAGGCGGAAACUCAUCCAACAAUAGCAGCUACCAAAGCUCUGCCAGUAACAGCUCGCAGUCGGGCUACAACAAUUCGAACAAUCGCAGUGGACCCAGUGCCAGCGGCAAUUUGAGCGCCUUCGAGCAACUGAGCAGCCGUAUCAAUCAGUAUCAGCAGCAGGUGAUGAGCGAAAUCUCCCGCAAUGCCAGCAGUUCCGGAAUGUUGCUACCCAAUCCGUUCGCCAAUCAAAUUCCGUACGACUACAAUAAUAGCAGGGAUCGGCAGAACAGUGGUGGGUACCAGAACCGACGGGGUGGUGGCGGCGGUUUCCAGCAGAAUCAACGUGGAAGAAACGCUGGGGGUAAUUUCGGUGGCAAUCAGUUCGGGCAGCGCAAUCAAGGCGGUCAGCGAUUUAACAACAACUUCAACAAUGGAGGGGGUGGCGGUGGGAAUCGCUUUGGUCAGAACAAUGCCGGAGGCAAUCGGUUUAAUAACAAUCGGAGAAACUUUUAAAUGACAUUUUUUGGAAAAAAAAGGUAGGUGGUCUCAUAGCACUCGUUGCUGCUAUAGAAAAAUCAUAUUUAAUAUAACAUUUCCAUUUGAAAUCGAUACGAAACACAACCACUUGUCAAAAUGGAUGGCCAUGCAUCCGUUUGAUUUUUUUGUAAAAUUUAUGUUGUCUGCUGCGAGAUAGAAAAUAGUUUAAAAAAAGCGUUUUUUCCGACACGCCGUCAACUUGUAUGUUCUUCUGCUGGGUGAUCUAAAGAAAGUUUAUUCAGUAAAAAUUAAUAAAUUUUUACUUGAUAGGAGUUUUUAGUACAAUGAUGAUGUAUUGAUUGUAUUUAACAAAAAGAGUUGACAUGGAAAGCUCAAUAAAAAGGGUUGCAAUUCAA